AUGGCUAUGGUGCCCGCUCAGCGACCUGGCUCAGAUAUGGGACCACCGAGGAAGAAGCAACGUACAGAACCUGAGCCCGAGCCAGCGAUCCUGAGCCGCGAGAUGGACGAUCUGGAGACGUCUCUCGAGCUAGACCACAUGAUACUCGACUACCUGCUCUACCAUGCCAUAGACACAUGCCUUCGAAGUCGAGAGCAUCAGCAGUCCGAUGAGCACGUCGAGCGAGCCCUACUUCAAGUGGACGAAUUCGUCGCCCUAUUCAAGAGGCGGUAUGGCAAAUACAACUUCGAUGCCGAAAUGCGCUUCCGACAGCAGCUGCUACAGCUCGUCACCCUCUUCACACAGCGCUCCACACAGAACUCCACUACACCUUCGAAGCAGGCGCUCGAGGCGCUUCGCGAGCGCAACAAAGAGCGAGCCAGGCAGUGGAUUGGCACGCCAUCUCGCAUACCUUCCGCUGAAUUCGAUGCUGCAGCCUUCGAGACCGAGCUCCCCCUGCCUGUAGAGACCCUUGAAGGCAACCGAGCAAGACUUUUGGCGACACUGGACAUACCUGCGGAGGACGAUCUCUACGACGACGCGUUCUAUGGUACUGGAGCGGCAGUCAGCCUACUGGAUCUGCUACCGAUGUUCAUGGGAGUGUCUGCGCAAUGUAACGCGCUAUACGACAGCAAUAUGAAGGAGCCUCUCAUGCAGCUUGCAGCGACAUGGAUGCUGCAGGCUUGCUUAGAGCAGUACUGCGUCUUCGGAGCGAGUGGGACCGACGCGAUCGACGAAGCCUUCGCAUGGGGCUAUAAGUCGGGUGAACAAAAUGAUCCGAGAUCUCCGCAACGACGGCGGACAGAAGAGCGCGCCGCGAAAGCUCUCGGAGCAACACAGCAGUGCGGUGUAACGGACUCAGCAGCGCACCUCAUCAACAGCAUGUUCGAACGCGAGUCCGGCGGCGAGGUAGAUGGUUGGCAGGAUAUCAGAGAGGCAGCGCUCGAAGAGCUACUUCCAGAUCACAUAGGCACUAGCAGACGUGUCGCCGCGCACCUGAAGCGCAAAGCGGAAGCGCAUUCGUACGCACGCGCUGAAGAGGGCUUUUUCGACUACUUCAGAGCUCUCUCACAGUGCAUACCGUUGCCGAUCCUUGUGCAACUUGAACGCGGCCAAUUAGAAGGCAUGACUGUGCAAGAGACGGAAGAGUUCAUCAAAGGUUGUGGGAUGGGGAUCAUGGAGUUGUUGGCAUAG